AUGGAGUGUAAAAGGCAGCAAAUCAGUAAUGUAACAACCUCAGAUUUCAUUAUUUCUUGUGUUGCAAUGACGCCCGUGAAGUUCGAUUUGGAUAUCAAAACAUCAGGGACUGGCUGCGUGAAGAUUCAGAAAAUAGAAUGUGAUAACUGCAAAAUAGAAACAGAGAAGGGGACUAGUGUCUUGCAGUCAAUAAAGAGCCAUAAAAUUGAUAUACGAACAAAUGGUGGCAAAGUAAUUGGUCUUGGAACACUUUAUGGAAAUACAGAUAUUCGUGCAACAGAGAAGGGUAGUGUGAAUAUAGAGAAGCUGCAGGGGACAUCCAUCAACAUAUCUACUGAAGAUGGGCUGCUGAAAACGAAGUAUCUCUAUGCAGAAUCAUCCUCUCUGUCUUCAGUAGGUGGUGAUAUUCUGCUGGGAAGCAUUCAUGGUAACACCAGCCUUCAGACCAAAACAGGGAGUAUCACAGUAGAUUCAUCAGAUGGAAGUCUAAAAGCUUCUACACAUCACGGGACAAUAGAUGUUUAUGUCAGUCAAUUAAGAAAAGUAGAUCUGAAAUCCCAGAAAGGUUCAAUUACAGUCAAGGUACCUGCCUCUCUCAAAGCCUAUUUACAGUUGUCUGGAAGAAAAGUGGAUGUGAGCUCAGAGAUCCAGUUAAAAGAAACACACAGUGCCUCCAAAGAUGACCAUGUAACUAUAAGUGGUCACAUGAAUCAAAGGAAUGAAACAGACAAAUGGAUUAAGGCUGACACACAAAAUGGCAGAGUGUGUCUUAAAAGCCAAAGCUGGAUCCAGUCUGUCAAGCUGAAGAGUUCUUAAAGAUAAAAUAAGCCAAAGAGAUUAAAUCAAGAAACUGUAAAGGAACAUUUCUGUAAAAUUAUGGAACUUUGAUGUAUAUUCUUAAUAUAAGAGAGAAACAAUAUUAAAAAUUAGGGCGUUUUAACCCAAGAUUUGCCUGUGACAGUGGCUGGUGCUUAACAGAUCUGGUUUACUUUUAGUGCCUUUUAGGAAUGACAAGAUCUUACAUAUUCAGAAUUUGUAUAACUUGACCCACUUAACACAUCAUUUUAAAAGCUGGUAACUUCCAAACACAAGUUUGGAGUUGUCAUUUAAAUAAAAUAAGCUUUUUCACCAUCUCAUAUUUGAAAAUAUGAAAAUUUACUUCCAAGAUGACAUGCUCUGCAAACUGUUUUAUAUUUUUAAAUGUCUCAGUACCAUGGGAAUUCUUCUAGUUUAUGCACAAGACAGAGAAUUUUCUUCAACCAAAUUACUUGUAUCGUGGAUAGGAUAAAACCACUUUCAGAACUGUAAUUCUUAUUUGGUCUUUUCCUUUGGUGUUUGAUCCCUUAAGCAGUUUCUGCCUUGUCAAUGGGUACUGUAUGUGUAAAACUAAUACAAAAUGACAGAACUUGCUCCAUGUCAUCCUGAACAACUUGUUUGUGGAUAGAAAUAAGAACUCUAGCUCUGUCUACCACUGUUCUGCUGCAAUGAGAAGGUUUUAAAAUAAAUACUCAAAAGUGCAAUGGAUCUGGCUGAUUUCAAGGAAGAACAGUCCACCAGCUGCACUUCAGAUAAGAGUCUACAUGAACAUUCCUGUAAAGUAAAAUCUGCCAAAGAACGGAAGCAUUGGCCCAAUACAUGAGAUCUGUAAUCUGUCUACUUGCUACAUUUCCAGUGACUUGCCUUCCUGUCAGCCUUGCAUGACAGGACUGUCAGCUCUGAGGCAGAAAUGCAGAGGAGGGAGGUGAGGGACGUACGCCCUGUAGAAGGGCAUACGUGAGUUUUAUGGAGGUUUUUGUGUUACUGUAAUACAAACACACAGUAAAGUAAAUGGAGCUUUUAAAAGCCUUUCCAUACACAUAUGGCACCUUAUAAAAGAAGUGCUGAGAUUUGUUUUAAAACUGCGAUGUAAGAAUUCCUGCCAGCUGCGUGGAUGGAGAGUGGCAGAGUUCAGAGCGUCAGCUCAGAUUUUAAGUUGUGUGUAUGUGUGUAUGUCCUCUAGAUGGUAAUGGUACACUAUGAAAUGAACUUCUUUGCCACAGGAUUCCUGAAGAUGUAUAUUUGCCCCUGGCUCCUGGAAUUCAGUAGUCAAGGGCAACAUUUUUACUGUAAUUCAGGGUGGUUAAAACCUCCACCAUUCUGUUUGCCAUUUUGUGUACUGUUUGUUUGGAUGAGGUGGGCACUGAUAUGUGUGGCAAGUUUUAUGUAUUUUUAAUAUAAACACUAAUAUAUAAGACAUUACUAAUAUUAUUACUAAAAGUAAUAUGAUAUUACUAGUUAUUAGUAACUAUUAUACUACUUUUAAAAUACACUAAAUAAAUGUUUAAUGGUUUUAGAUUUCCCGAAAAAUUUUUGAAACUAAUAAUUUUUUUGUACUGCUGCAGACAAACUGAAAGAGGCACCUCUAAAUUCACACUGCAUUGAAAAAUAAAAGAGUGUAGUAGAUACUUCA